UGGGCUCAGGGAGGGCUCUGUGCCUCCGCUCCGGUGAGCAAUAGCCAGAAGCCUUGAGAGGCAGAAGAGGCACUGAGCAAUCGAUCAGCAGCUGAUACUCCGGCUCUCAGGAGGCCAACUGGACUCUCUCACCCCACUGCAGGUGCAGGGGCCCUGAGACUCGACCCUGCCUGAGCCAUGCCAGCCAACCUCACAGAGGGCAGCUCACAUGCCAACCAGACGAUGCCGACACUAGACUCUUCCCCAGUAGCUUGCACUGAAAUUGUUACUUUCACUGAAGAGCUGGCGGCAGAGGAGUGGGGCUCCUUCUACUCCUCCUUCAAGACAGAACAGCUGAUAACCCUGUGGGUCCUGUUUGUCUUCACCAUUGUGGGAAACUCUGUUGUGCUGUUCUCCACUUGGAGAAGGAAAAGAAAGUCCCGAAUGACCUUCUUUGUGACUCAAUUGGCCAUCACGGAUUCCUUCACAGGACUGAUCAACAUCCUGACAGAUAUUAUUUGGCGAUUCACUGGAGACUUCCUGGCCCCAGACCUGGUCUGCAGAGUCAUCCGCUAUUUACAGGUUGUCCUGCUCUAUGCCUCUACCUACGUCCUGGUGUCCCUCAGCAUAGACAGAUACCAUGCCAUCGUUUACCCCAUGAAGUUUCUUCAAGGAGAGAAGCAAGCCAAAGUCCUCAUUGGGAUAGCCUGGAGCCUCUCGUUCCUGUUCUCCAUCCCCACACUGAUCAUAUUUGGGAAAAGGACACUCUCCAAUGGGGAGGUGCAGUGCUGGGCGCUGUGGCCAGAUGACUCCUACUGGACCCCAUAUAUGACCAUCGUGGCCUUUCUGGUGUACUUCAUUCCACUGACCAUUAUCAGUGUCAUCUAUGGCCUUGUGAUCCGAACUAUUUGGAUUAAAAGCAAAGCCCAUGAGACAGUGAUUUCCAACUGCUCAGGUGGCAAACUGUGCAGCAGCUACAACCGAGGGCUCAUCUCCAAAGCAAAAAUCAAGGCCAUCAAGUAUAGCAUCGUCAUUAUCCUCGCUUUCAUCUGCUGCUGGAGCCCAUACUUCCUCUUUGACAUGUUGGACAAUUUCAACCUCCUUCCAGACACCAAGGAGCGUUUCUAUGCCUCUGUGAUCAUCCAGAACCUGCCAGCCCUGAACAGCGCCAUCAACCCCCUCAUCUACUGCAUCUUCAGCAGCUCCAUCUGCUUCCCCUGCAAGGAGCAGAGGUCACAGGACUCCAGAAUGACAUACCGAGAGAGAAGCGAGAGGCAAGAGAUGCAGAUUCUCUCCAAGCAGGAAUUCAUCUAAAUCCUGAAGCAACCAUGCUAGGCUGAGCUCAUUCAGUCCUCCUGGGUCUCCAUCACCAGUCAGUGGAUGUGCAUGAAGCUUGAGCCACCCCUGUCCCAGUCCUGUGUCACCUAGCUGAUGCAUGCGGCAAACUUCCCAGUGAGGGCAUGCCAGCGGCAAUGCGAGCACUAGCCAACAUGAACCCAUCACCUCUUCAUGUCAGCUAGGGAAGACAGUUCUCUCUUCCUAAUUUUUCCCAGCCCUCCUUCCCACAGCUCAGCCUCUUGUGAACUGAUGACGCAGACAAGCAGAAAGAGCUCGAAGGCCUCUCCCUGAGUCAUCUGAUUACAAGAUUGAAAGUAAAUACAAGACUUAACAAAGAGGAGACAGCUUCCCAGCAGUUUUGUAUUGGAAAUUUGGUGAGGGUAGAUGAGAUAUUUGCCCCUGAAAUGCCAAGAAAUUCAUUUCUAGACCCUGGUACUGUACACAUCCUCUGUGUGCAGGAAGAGGUGUUGGCAGGAACAAGCUCCCAAGGCCAUUGCAAUGUGAUUUCUGAAAGGGACAAUAUAGCUUCCUGCUGAGCAAGGUCACCAGGCACAUUCUCUCCUAGCAGAAAGAUCACACCAAAUAGUGACAGAUCCUUGACUGUGAAUCCCAGAGAGAACUGAGACCUGGAACUCACAGCUCUUUGAGGCCAUGCUAAGGCUCGUUCCCUCCCUGUAGUCAACAUCCAAGCCACUCUGAGCUCCAUUCCACACACCUCGGGGACAUUUCUGCCCAGCUUCACUCUCAGACACCUCUUCACCUGGGAGCUUAGCUCUAUGGCCUUCCCAACAUGAUGUUCUUGUAAGCUCUUUGCUGUCCGUGUGCUGUAGCCUCAGUCUGUCUGGUACCUCUGCGAGGAAGUGCUGGUCGCACUUAUUUUGACAGGUCUGCAAUUCAGUAUUUAUAAGUAUAAUUCAAAUGAAAUAUGACUAAAUGUUUUCUAGUCAAUUUUUUUCUUCAGAUUUUGCCAGAAGUGGAAAUGGCAUCAUUUGACUGUGUAUACGUCUCCACCCACGGCCCUGUGACGCGUGUGAGCAUUCCUAUAUUUAGCUCCUCAUACAGUCUUUGACAUUGAAAUCUCCUUGGAAAAAUCCUCCCUUCCAGAGUUUAAACCUUUUCUUGUCCUUUCGGCUGACUGCUGGGUGCAGUCAUUAAUAUGCUCGGUCUAUUUUAACAACACCUUAUUCCUCAUUAUUGUAUCGGCUCAAAGACUGCCUGCUUCAGGUCGUGGUGGCAAUUUCCCCACAAAUUUCUUUUUCAAUUCCCUCUGACUUUAGGGAAAGCAUCUUUUUAGGCAGAAAUCAGACACUUUACCAACUGUCUCUCAAAAAAAAAUUAUUCCCUAAGUUUGAGGAGACAGAAUAAUUUACCUCUCUGUCCGCGCAACAGUUUUGGAGGCCACUUACUCUCCCUCCAAUCAGCUAAACGUGAGCGAACAGGAGCUGUGAGUGGCUGAGAAGUGCUUUUCAACAUUUCCCUUUAAAUCAAGAUGUGCCACAGAAGACUCACAGAUCUGCUGCUGGAAUAGCUGCCUGCACAGGAUCCAAUUAACAAGCCGGAUCUGGCAGGGGUCCUAGCGAGCAGAACAGGAGGCCCGGGCUUCUGAUAGAUGUUCUCCAUCUCUGUCAGGUUCUGGUCUGCAGGACGUGUCCCAUGUCUACCAUCCAUCAAUCCAUCCUUAAAGUUAAAGAGAGAGUGCAGUGAGGGCCAGCGUGCCGUCUGUGGACUGUUGGGAGGAUGUAUCUCUGAUCCCCAGAGGAGGCUGGAAAAAUAAUGGGGCAGAUUUUUGUAGGAAGCUGCCAUUUAUGGAGAACUUGCUUUACACUGAUACAGGGUCUGAAAUCUUCACUGACAUUACUUUCCAAACUUGGAAAAUAGUUUAAGCAGGGUAGUCAUUAGUCUUAUGACCUUGGAUGAAUCAUCUCCUGUCCCUGGGCAUCACUUGUCUAUCUGUAACAUGGGGCCAAAAUAACACUGGAGCAGAGGAUGUUGUGGUUUGCAGACUGUGAUGGAUUAAAUUAGCCCUGCAGAGAGUGCUGCUAGGAUUCUCCCCUUUGAAGACCAACACUUUAGUGACUCAAGGUUUAGUCAUUUGCCUUUUAGAGAUAUAACUUUUCUCCCUACCACAAAAACUCAGAAACUAAUAUAACAACCCAACUAGGAAAGAGUGUAAUCUUGUGUAGAAAAUUAGAACGGAAGCUACAAUGUUGCUGCUAUCUGUAGCCUUUGAUGCUACAGAUGGGACUAGAAAAGACAACAUGGUGGUGUGUAAAAUGAAAGGGCCUACUUUCCACACCAAGAUGUCAAGAAGUGUGUGGAUACAGUAUUGCACAGCUUCAGGGAUAGGAAAAGGUUUAGGUUAACAGAGUUGCUGUGUUUAAUGUAUUCACUCACAUUAUAGAAAAUGUCUCUGCUUUACUGAACUAAAUGCAACAUGGUUAAAGACUCCCUUCUUUCAGGGCAUAUUUGCAGCACAAUUUAAUUGAGGUUUAAUUUCAUCAAGGAACAGCUCCCGCAGGCCACCCUGCCCCUACCCCAAAGCAUUAAUACCUUAUGACUGACUUUCCACUGUGAUAAUCAUGAGAAUAAAGAACCUUUGAACUAGUCUAACAUACAUCUCAGGUUUCUUCCCAGUCUCAUUCAGACAAGUCUGCAUAGAAACAUUCAGAAAUGACCUUGUCUCCUCCUUCUAUAUUCACAGUGUGGAUUUAAAAGGGCUGUAGGCCUCCAUUUGAUGAGAAAAUAGGAAAAAGAAAAAUAUUCUUUUGUCAGGAAAUAAAGUGAUUCUAAUCUUGUGUUUUAGUUGACAUUUCAGACUGACCACAGACCUGUUGCUGACAGCCUGAGUGUGGGUUUGUGUAUUGUUUUGUUCCGUUCCAAUCAUCAUUUGAAUAUAGCUCAUUGUGUAUGCAAUUCUAUCAACAGUCCCUACAGCUUGGCAACCUUCAUUCCUGUAAAAGGAGAUGGCCCUUACCAAGCUGCCAAACUUCUUGCUUGGGGAAAUAUGAAACAGCUAUGCCUCAUUUAAGAAUUGAUUAUUCACAAUAGGGCUGGAAUAGUUAACAUUUCAACAUGCAGUUCCAUCCUUACAGAAUGUUUAAAUUAAGGGGAGUCUUCUCAGAGACUCCCAAAAAAAGGUGCCAGGGGGUAACCCAAAGUUCUGAACACAAUUGCAUAUGAACCUAAAGGUGAUUAAAUAUAAUGAAAGUAUUUCAAGUUCCUUGAAUUACUUUAAAUGAACAUAGAAUGUAGAUUGGGAUUACACAUUGAUAUAUCAAGAUAUGAUCAAGAAUAUAUAAAAGGUUUC